GCUGACGCCACAAUCACUUCCGCCGCAGUCGCCACCCGCCGCGCUGCUGUCUGGCGGUGGUGGAGUCCAAGAUCCAGGAGCAGAGAUUCUGGUGGUGGUGGCUGUUGGAGGUCCCUGAGCUGUGCUCAUCCCAAGAGCUUGCGGGCAUCAGCAGUGGUUUCAGGCCUUUCACGAGCAAGAACAAAGAAUUUCCAGCCAGAAAGGACAUCAUCCAAAGUCCCAAAUGCACAGAUCAAUCCCCAGCCAAACCACCAAGAGGAGCCGAUCUCCAUUUUCCACCACACGUCGAAUUUGGAACGGCACUAUGAGCCCCGGAACCAGCUUGAAUGUUGAUAAUGAGGACUAUUCCAGGUACCCACCAAAAGAAUAUAGGGCUUCAGGUAGCAGAAGAGGAAUGGCUUAUGGACAUGUUGACUGUUUUGGUGCAGAUGACAGUGAGGAGGAGGGGGCUGGGCCUGUUGAGCAUGUGCCAGUGCGAGGGAAAAUUAGCAAAUUUAAAGAUGAUAAGCUGUAUGACCCAGAGAAAGGAAAGAGGUCUUUGGCUGGGAUGCCCACACAGUUUUCUAGUUUCAACCAGGAUGUGAUAGAGGAGCUUGACACAUUAGACCUUGUUCCUACUGCUAGCAGCUCUGCUAGCAGAGCUGAUUUCCUACAACACAAUCGCAUGACCUCUCAGAUGUCUGCUGAAGGCGAAGUGGCAACAAAUGGUGACUGCUUGGAGAGAGAAAGAUGGGAGAAUUUACCUGUGUGUCCCAGCAGGGCUCCUGUAAGUAUUAAUGGUGGUGGGGAAAAUGCCCAAAAGAGUGCAGAGGAGCCUGUGGUGAGGCCCAAAAUCAGAAAUCUGGCCAGUCCAAACUGCAUGAAACCAAAAAUAUUUUUUGAUACUGAUGAUGAUGAUGAUAUGCCACAUAGUACUUCCAGGUGGAGGGAUACUGCCCAGGCUGAUGAAAGCCACACAGAUGGCCUAUCAAGAAGAGAUAGAGGCGAGGGUUCAAGUGGGUACUCUGAGCCAAAGUAUUCCAAAGACAAGAAAGAAGCCAAGGGUGAUGAAGUGAAACCAGAAAAGGUGCCAAGGCGGAGACAAACCAUGACUGACUCUGACUUCUGGAUGUAUAGCAAUGACUACUACAAUUAUUAUGAAGAGGAUUCAGACAGUGACGGAGAGUGGAUGGCUUCUCUGCGUCGAAAUUAUCGAGAACAGGAACAAGCUGUGUCCUCCAGUGGUGAAAGCUGGGACAGUUUGCAAGGGAAAGAAGAAUCUGAACCUGAGCAAGCCAGACUGAAUGCUGGUGCCAGUGCCAUCACCAACCCCAGUGCCAUUGCCAGAGCUGGCAUCAACGAACUUGGAGAAAUUCAAGUACCUCCUCCUCAGGGAGUGGGGCAGCUAUCACCAGAAGGACAAGUUCCUUGGCUUCAUUACAAUGAAACUGAGAGUAGUAGUGAGGGAGAUAAUAAUUCCAGUCAGGAGUUUCUGCAGCCUGGGGUGUUCAUGUUAGAUGGAAACAACAACCUUGAAGAUGACUCAAGUGUGAGUGAAGACCUAGAAGUGGACUGGAGCCUCUUUGAUGGGUUUGCAGAUGGGCUUGGGGUAGCUGAAGCCAUCUCCUAUGUGGAUCCUCAGUUCCUCACAUACAUGGCACUUGAAGAACGCCUGGCCCAGGCCAUGGAAACUGCCCUCGCUCAUUUGGAGUCUCUUGCAGUAGAUGUGGAGGUGGCCAAUCCACCUGCAAACAAGGAGAGCAUCAAUGCUCUUCCUGAAAUCCUGGUCACCGAGGACCACAGUGCAGUAGGGCAGGAAAUGUGCUGCCCUAUCUGUUGUAGUGAAUAUGUGAAGGGGGAGGUAGCAACAGAGCUGCCAUGUCACCAUUAUUUUCACAAGCCCUGCGUGUCCAUAUGGCUUCAGAAGUCAGGCACCUGCCCUGUAUGCCGCUGCAUGUUUCCUCCCCCACUCUAAGACCAAGGCUCUUUACUCUUGGUCUGCUGAUUUUCCCCAUAUGAAAUCCAUCAUACUGCAGGAGCCCUUUCAGAAUUAACAAUUAAAAUGAUAUCAGUUUAUCAAUCUACACUUGUCAAUUCCUUGUGAUUUUUUUCAUUAUGAAAACGGUUGUAUGCAAUUGCAUUAAAAUCAUGCUGACUCUUAGAGCUUAGAAAGGGAGAAUUAAACUUUCUAAAUGCUACUUGUGAUGGUGGUGAUAUCUUACAUUUUCUAACCUGAAAGUUGAAAUAUGUUACAGUAGUUUUCUUCAGUAGAAUAUGUUGCCAUUGAUUAUAAUGUUGUUAAUCUGUUAAUAGGUUCAAAAGGCAUUAUGGCUUCUAUUGCAUGUAAUGGAUUAAUGCUCUUGUAAUUGCAGUGCUGUCAAAAAACUUAUUAAAGUUAUUUUGAUUUCACAUGGUAUAA